AUGAGCCUCUUCUCGCUGAGCGCCUCCAAGCUGGCCGACGUCGAGAUCGCCAACCCUCCCUCCGACUCGAUCUCCGCCCUCGCCUGGUCUCCCACCGCCGACUUGCUGGCUGCGGCAAGCUGGAGCAACGAAGUGAGGGUAUAUGAGGUCGGGCUGAACGGGGCGAACCAAGGGAAGGCGAUGUAUAGCCAUGAGGGUCCCGCUUUGUGCGCGAAGUGGUCGAAGGAUGGUACGAAGAUUGUGUCGGGAGGCGCCGACAACGCCGCUCGCAUGUUCGACGCCGGAAGCGGCCAGUCGACGCAAAUAGGCGCCCACGACGCUCCCAUCAAGUGCAUCGACUGGAUCGACGUGGGCGGAGGACUUGUCGUGACUGGCUCGUGGGACAAGACCCUGCGCUACUGGGAUCUGCGGCAGCAAGCGCCUGUCGUCCAGGUCACGCUACCAGAACGCUGCUACGCGAUGGACUGCGUCUACCCUCUGCUCGUCGUCGGUACCGCCGAGCGCCACAUGCAGAUCUUUAACUUGAAUAACCCCGGCACAGCUUUCAAGACGAUCACCUCCCCCCUUCGCAUGCAAACCCGCACACUCGCGUGCCUCCCCGACGCAUCAGGCUACGUCCUCGCCUCGAUCGAAGGGCGCUGCGCGAUCCAGUAUGUCGAGGACUCGAAGACGUCGCUCAACUUUUCGUUCAAGUGUCAUCGGAAGGACAUGGCGAAGGGAUCGCAGACGUUCGGCAGCCAGUUCAAGACUGGUAGUCAGCAGGUCUUCGCCGUGAACGACCUCGCGUUCAACUCGAUGGGGACGUUUGUGACUGCCGGCAGCGACGGGACGCUCAACAUUUGGGAUCAUAACUCGAGGACUCGGUUGAAGACGAUUGUCGACGUUGGCGGUCCGGUCGUCGCCGCUCGCUUCAACCACUCGAGCCAGUACCUCGCCUAUGCCAUCAGCUACGACUGGUCGCAAGGGUACCAAGGUAACUCGGCGGCGCAGAAGACCAAAAUCAUGCUGCACCCUUGCCAGGAGGACGAGGUCAAACCGAAAGUCAAGAAGUGA